AUGGCCUGGUGGAAAGCCUGGAUUGAGCAGGAUGGCGUCGUGGUGAAAGGCAGCCCGCACUUCAACCCAGACCCUGAUGCGGAGACCAUCUACAAAGCCAUGAAAGGGAUUGGGACCAACAAGCAGGCCAUCAUCGAUGUGCUCAUGAAGAAAAGCAAUGCACAGCGGCAGCAAAUAGCCAAGUCUUUCAAGGCUCAAUUCAGCAAGGUUCUCACCGAGACCUUGAAGUCAGAGCUGAGUGGCAGGUUCAAGAGGCUCAUCAUGGCCCUCAUGUAUCCACCGUACAGAUACAGGGCCAAGGAGCUGCACGAUGCCGUGAAGGAUUUAGGAACCAAAGAAGGCGUCGUCAUUGAAAUCCUGGCUUCUUGGACCAAGAACCAGCUUCAGGAGAUAAUGAAGGCCUAUGAGGAGGACUACAGGGCCAGCCUGGAGGAAGACUCAGACACCAGUGGCUACUUGGAGAAGAUCCUGGUGUGCCUGCUGCAGGGCACCAGGGAUGAUGUGAGCAGCUUUGUGGACCUAGGACUGGCCCUCCACGAUUGCCAGGAUCUGUACGCAGCAGUGUUUGAGGAGUAUGAGAAAAUUGCCAACAAGAGCAUUGAGGACAGCAUCAAGAGUGAGACCCAUGGGUCACUGGAGGAGGCCAUGCUCACAGUGGUGAAAUGCACCUGGAACCUCCACAGCUACUUUGCAGGGUAAUUUUACUACUCCUUGAAGAUAACUGGAGCAGGGACACAUGAUGGGACCCUGAUAAGAAACAUCAUUUCCAGGAGUGAGAUUGACUUAAAUCUUAUUAAGUGUCAGUUCAAGAAGAUGUACGGCAAAACCGUGAGCAGCAUGGUCAUGGCCUUGCCGCAGCGGCGAACCUCUCCCUCCAGCCCCUUCACUCCCAUCCUCACCCCCACCAACCUGCGAGACCUCACGGCGGCGGCCGCUCUGAGCCUGGACCCAGCGCGACUGCUCGCGCUCUUGGCCCAACCCCGCGGGGCCUAG